CAACACGCUUCAUUCACAUUCAGGACAUCGGCUCGACUACAAGGCCAUCCCAUCCUCCAUCCCUUAUUUCUUUCCUUCUGUAUUGCUGCCCAUUUCAAUAUCAUUGCAAUAUGAAGUCGGACUUCAAGUUCUCGAAUCUAUGUGGAACUGUCUACAAGCAGGGAAACCUCAUUUUCACGCCUGACGGCAACUCGGUUUUAAGUCCCGUUGGAAACAGACUGACAGUCUUCGAUCUGGUCAACAAUAAGGCGACGACGUUCCCAUAUGAGAAUAGGAAAAACAUUGACAGGAUUGCUCUCAGCCCAAACGCCACUCUCUUGAUCUCCGUUGAUGAAGAUGGUCGUGCCCUACUUGUCAAUUACAAUCGCCAGAUCGUCCUACACCACUUCAACUUCAAGACGAAGGUGUACGACCUUCAAUUCAGUCCAGACGGAAGAUUCUUUGCUGUUACGCAUGGAAAGCAGAUUCAGCUUUGGAAGACACCAGGAUUCCAUCGCGAGUUCACCCCAGUUGUUUUUCACCGCACCUACACUGGACACUAUGACGAUGUCAUUUCCAUCUCCUGGUCCCCCGACUCUAAAUAUUUCGUGACCACUUCCAAGGAUAUGAGCGCCCGCAUUUACUCUGCGGACAAGAUCGAGGACUUCGUGCCAUUCACUUUAUCAGGACACAGAGAUGCAGUCAUUGGAGCGUGGUUCUCGAAGGAUCAGGAUUGCAUUUAUACUGUCAGCAAGGACGGAGCCCUCUUUGAAUGGCGCCACCAACUGAUCAACCCAAAGUCUCAGAACGGCGAGGACUCGGAUGAUGAGACGGUAAUGGAGGUCGAUGAAGGCCCACGGAGAUGGUCUGCUGUUCAGAGACACUUUUUUUUUCAGGAUCAUGCCAAGGUUAUCUGCGCUGCAUACCAUGCAGCAUCAGGAAUGAUGGUGGUCGGGUUCUCGAACGGUGUCUUCGGUAUCUGGGAGCUCCCUUCUUUUAACAACAUUCACUCUCUGAGCAUUUCACAAAAGAAGAUUGAUUCUGUGACAAUCAACAAAUCUGGAGAAUGGCUGGCAUUCGGUGCAUCAAAACUAGGACAGCUCUUGGUCUGGGAAUGGCAAUCAGAAUCAUACGUGUUGAAGCAACAAGGGCACUUCUACGACAUGAACUGCCUCUCCUACUCUACGGAUGGACAGAGCGUAGUCACUGGAGGCGACGAUGGCAAAGUCAAGGUCUGGAACACUGUCUCUGGAUUCUGCUUCGUCACCUUUUCGGACCACGCAUCCCGCGUGGCCGCAACGGAAUUUGCAAAGAACGGUCAGGUCGUCUUUUCCGCAUCGUUGGAUGGGACUGUAAGAGCUUACGAUUUAGUCCGUUAUCGUAAUUUCAGGACAUUCACAUCGCCCACACCUGUCCAGUUCUCCUCUCUUGCAGUGGAUCCUAGCGGAGAAAUUGUCUGCGCAGGAGCACAGAACACCUUUGAGAUAUAUGUUUGGUCUGUUCAAACUGGAAAGCUGCUGGAUAUUCUCGCCGGACACACUGCUCCCAUUUCUGGACUCGCCUUUUCACCUUCUUCUCAGUUCUUGGCUUCCUCCUCCUGGGAUCACUCUAUUCGCACUUGGGAUGUCUUCGGUCGUGGAAAGAGCGUCGAAAGCUUUACACAUAUGUCAGAGGUUUUGGCGUUGGCCUUCCGACCCGAUGGCAAGGAGCUGUGCGGGUCAACUCUGGAUGGCCAGUUGAGUUUCUGGGACGUCGAGGACGCCCUUCAAACGAACGUCAUUGACGGACGCCGCGAUAUUUCUGGAGGACGCAAGGCGGCAGACAAAAUCACAGCUGAGAACUCGACUUCAGGAAAGCACUUCAACUCUUUGUGCUACACUGCGGAUGGAUCUUGCAUCAUUGGAGGUGGUAACAGCAAAUACGUGUGCAUCUACGACAUCAAAGCCAAUAUUCUGGUCAAGAAAUGGCAGAUUUCCAAGAACCUGUCCUUUGACGGAACACUCGAGUUCCUGAACUCUAAAAACAUGACCGAGGCAGGGCCCAUGGAUCUGAUUGAUGACGACGAUUUCAGUGAUUUGGAGGAUCGUCAGGACAACGCUCUCCCCGGAACGAAGGAUCUGUCUAAGCGAAAUGUCCGUCCAGAGAUUCGUACCAAGGCCGUCCGAUUCUCGCCCACAGGACGAUCAUGGGCUGCCGCCUCAACUGAGGGACUGCUGAUCUACUCUUUGGACGACACGCUGAUGUUCGAUCCUUUCGACCUUGAGAUUGACAUUACACCGGAGACUAUUCUGGAGACAUUGGAUGAGAAGGAUUAUCUGAAGGCUCUGGUCAUGGCAUUCAGGUUGAAUGAGCGGCAAUAUAUCCAGCGUUGUUACGAGGCGAUCCCUCCAUCAGAUGUUCGACUCGUAGCAAGGCAACUGCCGACAAAGUACCUGGAGCGGCUGAUGAAGUUUAUUGCCAGCUACAUGGAGGACUCACCUCAUCUGGAAUUCCACCUGAUCUGGUGCACAAGUCUACUGAUCAGUCACGGCAGGUACCUGAAAGAUCACUCUGGCGAAUUCUUGACAGUCUUUAGAGGUUUGCAGAAGGGUGUCGGCAAAAUGCACGAGGACCUUGCAAAAGUAUGUAACGACAACACAUACACAUUAGAAUACCUGUUGUCGCAAGCAGAAAAGAACUAAGGCGCAAACAUUAGCAUGAGCAUUUCUACAUCAUCUUUAGCAUCUUUAAACCAAUACACGCAUUUGCAAC